AUGGCGGCCAUCAUUCGUCGGCCAUUUUUUGAACACKUAAARCAUUUACGGCGUUUUAUUUUCGAUACCAACCAUGGUUUACUUUGUAGAACGGCAUCUACCAAAAGUGAUAAUCUUCGAUACUCUCAGUUGGACAAAAGGGGUUUACUUCGCGUCAGUGGGACCGAUUCUGUCAAGUUACUUCAAGGGAUAGUGACAAACAACAUUGAGCUAUUUCACCAAGACACUACCAUGAAGACCAUGUACUGUAUGUUAUUAAACGCACAAGGACGAGUACUUUACGAUGCAAUGCUAUACAAAGACAGAACAACUUCAGAAGGACCAAGUUUCUUCAUUGAAUGUGACAAAAGUGCUAUGAAUUCAUUAACAAAAUUGCUGAAAAUGUACAAACUUCGAUCAAAAGUGGAAAUCUCUUCGGUAAGAGACAUAGUUCCUUGGGUAGUGUUUGGUAACGAUGAAUCUGAAGCAUCUAUUCCAGAUAUUAAAUCAGAUGRUUUGAUAAGUGUAAGUAGAGACCCCAGGGUGAGUGGUCUUGGGUGGCGUUUGUUGCUGUCACAGAGUGCYAACCCUUCUGAGGUCAUACAGGGUGUAAUAGAGGGCGAAGAGAGUUCCUAUGAAAUUCACAGAAUCCAGCUUGGUAUAAGUGAAGGGACUGAUGAACUUAAACCUGGGGUUGCUCUUCCACUUGAAUACAAUCUGGACUAUAUCAAUGGAGGUGAGAAUGCGUUUUAA